AUGAGCAAUCUCUCUUUGCCAUCGGACACCGACAGCGAGGGGAAAUCACCUAGAUGGCGCCAUUGGUGGGACAGCGACGAUUCCCCGCCGCCGGACAGCGAGGAGGAAUGGGAGGCCGACGAGCAGGACGAGGAAGAGGCUGAGGAGCAGGAUGAGGAAGAGGCUCAGGAGGAGGAGGAGGAGGAAGAGUCUGAGGACGCGGCGGCCCGGGCGAAGGCGGAGGCGGAUGCGGAAGCAAAGCCGAAGGCGAAGGUGCAGCCGGCGAGCACCUUCGACGAGGAGGAGGACACAAGUUCUUCCGACGCGUCGAAGGACACCGGCUCUUCGGAGGAGGUGACGAGCCGGAAGCGCCACCAUGAGGACGAUGAGGCGGGGCCAUCAAGGAAGAAGAAGUAG